UCUGGCCUCAGCGGCGGAGGAAGCGGCGAGGAGACGUCGACCACACAAGCUCCCGCCAACAGCAACACGAGGGCUUCUCAAAGCGGUGGCGGCGGCGAAAGACUGAGGGACGGAGGCGGCUUCGCGGGGGCGCUGAGGCGCCUGGGGGGCGUCCUUCCCAUGAUGGCCUCUCGCAUCGCCUCCAGGAUGGGCGGUAGGCGACGCAGGGCGGUCGAGGAAGAGCUCUCCCGGGACGCCCCAGCCGCGGAGGCCGACCAGAAUGAACUCGAACCUGCUUCACCAUCUCUCUCUGCGCACGACCUCGACACCCUCAGGGACAUGAGCCUCUUCUACUCCAGCCUCAGCGAAACCAACGGCACGAACAUCGAGAAACCUUCACCCGAAGAAGUCCUUAUUCACCGCAAAUACCUCCUAGGCCUCCUGAAGCAGCUCAGAAGCCAGAAACGGGUGGCCCUUCCGUCCCAAAACGAAGGGCUGCUUGCAAGCGCAGCCGCCGAAAAUAGCACCUUCGUUCCUACAGGAAGCGAACAAGAGGAGGCUGCAGCCAAUCCCGCCGAAGGCCCCAAGACACGACCUGACAUCAUCCACGGAGGCGUCGACAGAAUUGGACAAGUUGCUGAUGACGUGAGUCUGUAUUAUGUUCAUUGCGUUUCCUAUGGCUAUUCAGGUCGCCGACAUCCAGAGUCUGGACCCGAGCGCGGCCGCCUCCUCCUGCACCAAUUCCAGACGCAGGGUUCCCUGAACCUCCUUCCCCCUGGCCUCCUCGGACAAGCCCCGCCCCCCACGCCCCCGCCCACGCAGUUCGACCUCCUCUUCGGACAGCAGCAGCUAGGGCAGCCUGCCCCCGUCGCUGCUGUCGGUGGCGCUGCAGAAUGGGGCGCCGCCACUCGGCCGGGGGGCUUCGACCCCGCCACAGGGGAGCCGCUCCCCCCGUCCCUGCUCCUGGGCGACCCGAGCCAGUUCUCGGACUACGUGGCCCUCGCCAACGCCCUCCUCGCCCACGAGCAGGCGACGGCGGCGCCAAGCGUGGUGAUGGUGGACCGCCUGGACUUCCAGGAGUUCGGCGUGGCGGACCAGCCGUCCUCGCUGCCUUUCAACGCGUCCGACCUGAACCGCCUGCAGCUCACGCCGGUGGCGUCGACGGUCCAGAACACCCGCAUCACCACGGAGCUCUCCACGGCCAUCACCAACUUCAUCAACAACAUCAGCGACGCCAUCAGCCAGUUCAUCACGGACCUGCAGGCUGCGAUCGACGCCAACCCUGCGGUGGCGUUGCUCCUGCUGCUGCCUCUGCUCUUCCUGCCCUUCCUCUUCAACCACAAGGGCGGGGGCUACGGCGGGGGCUACGGCGGAGGCUACGGUCACAGGAGAGUCUACUACCCGCCCACUGCUCGGGCACUCCUGGCAGAGUCGCUGGCGGAGAGGAUUCUCUCGAGCAUCGAGGAUUACCGGAAACUUUUUUCGCCGGACGACGCCAGCCACGAGCCAGGCCUCCGGCACCUUCCUCAGAUAAGCGUGCAGCUCACGCUUACCAUUUACAUUUCCCUGAAGAACCAAGAGCAGAACCACUGCGUUGGGAGCCUGAAAAAUGCAUUUUUGGGUUUGGUGAAGAUUAGUGCAGCAAAUGGUUCCAACCGUGAGCCGAAUCCCUAG